AUGUCGCUGUCGGGAAAGGACCAACUUUUCGCCAUUGAAAGCUUCAAGCGGGCCCCUGCGCCCAAGAUCCCGAGCUAUAUCAGCCCCCUGGUGCCCCAGCCCCGGUUCCUGGAUGGGGGGCCCUUCUUGCCUCUGCAGUCCCGGGCCAGCCCCGGCUCCAGCUCGGCCCUGCCUUUCAGUUUCAGCAGUUUCUCCUUCCUGGGUCAGUCUCGGGCACUGGGCAGCACUUUGCCGGCUUCCCCUGUCGCUUUGGAGCCGCGGAAGGCAGUGGGUAGUGGUCUGGGUGAGCAGGAAGCCCCGCACUACCAGCCCUGUCUGAUGCCAGGGGCAGAGAGGACACCGUUCACUGAGGAACAUCUCAACACUGUGCUGUACGGCCGAAUGGACUCCGCCAGUGCUGACCAACUCGCCCCCCACGCUAUCUCAGGACUGCGCAUCUCCGGCAACACAGGUACUGAGGCCAAACGGGGCCCGGCAGCCGCAGCUCUCCUGCAGAAUGCCAGGACUGGACUCGCGGUCUCUCACACUUUCUACGGCGGAGUGCAUCAUCUCGGCGUCUUCUGUUGCCAAACCCUGAUCCCCAAGGGGGUCCGAUUCGGGCCGUUUACAGGAAAAGUGGUGAAUACGAGUGAAAUUAAAACCUACGACGAUAACUCCUUAAUGUGGGAGAUUUUUGAAGGCGGCACACUGAGUCACUUCAUUGACGGCAAAGGGGCGGCUAGUAACUGGAUGGCCUUGGUGAACUGCGCCAGAACGCCCCAAGAACAGAAUUUAACAGCUGUCCAGAGCGAAGGCAAAAUCUUCUAUGAAACCUGUAAGGAUGUGGCAGAGAAGCAAGAGCUGUUGGUGUGGUAUGGGGACUGCUAUCUCCAGUUUAUGGGAAUCCCGGUCACUUUAAAGGAAAUGACUGAAAGUCCAUUCGCACAGCAGGCUGAAGAGUCCGCUGAGGGUUUUAAAUGUGAGAGGUGUGGGAAGGUAUUCGCCUACAAAUACUACAGGGACAAACAUCUGAAAUACACCCGCUGUGUGGAUCAGGGAGAUCGGAAAUUCCCCUGUCACCUGUGUAACAGGUCGUUCGAGAAGAGAGACAGACUGAGGAUCCACAUUCUGCACGUUCAUGAGAAACACCGGCCCCACAAAUGCUCAGUGUGUGGUAAGAGCUUCUCGCAGUCAUCCAGUCUUAAUAAACACAUGAGAGUUCACUCAGGAGAGCGGCCAUACAAAUGUGUUUACUGCAACAAGGCCUUCACUGCCUCGAGCAUCUUGCGGACUCACAUUCGGCAACACUCUGGAGAGAAACCCUUUAAAUGCCGACACUGUGGCAAAGCCUUUGCCUCACACGCAGCUCACGACAGCCAUGUAAGACGCACACAUGCCAAAGACAAAGGUUUUGCUUGUGCAAUCUGUGACAAGAGCUUUGUGGAAGCGCAUGAGCUCAAGUAUCACCAGGUGCAACUCCACACAGAUGAGAGGCUCCAGGUAAAUGCUGAAGUCACCCAGGAAUUGCACCGUUUGCCAAUCAAUCCGACAGACAAUGUGGAUGAAGAUUACCCUUACAACUCAAGUGAGGAGUCACCGGCAGUCCCACAGAAUCCAUAUAAAGGGGAAAGCAGUCCCUACAGAACCACCACAGGAGUCACCACGCUGCACAGCGAUGGCUACAGACCCUGGAAUUAG